ACACCUAGACGUUCUGCCACCACUAAUAAAAAUGGCGUUCAAAGUUGUAGUUACAUUUUUAAGGAAUUCAUCGUAAAACAAUAGUGCUUGCGGCCACAACAGUAAAAUUCGCGCAUUUGAGUGCGAGUAAAUACUGGAGCAGCGACUAAAUAAAAUUAAAUAAACGCGUAGUGGUAAUUCAUUUAAUGCAAAUUGUCAAAUAAAAGAGAAAGGGAGAGGCAAAUCGCUCUCACCUAAAGCGUGUAAACCCGAUACAGAUACAUGUAGAGCGUCCCAGCAAACGGAGCAAAAAUGUCAAGCACUCCCAACGGCAGUAGUAGCAACAGCAACAGCAAACAGACCCUGCCCCAGAAACAGGACACCUACAGCAGCGACAGCAGCGAGGAGGGCCAGGAGACGGCCGAGGAGAGGAGGAGGCGCAUCCUGAAGGAGCGCAGCCGGCUGAACCGGCCCCAGCACAAUAUGUCCGGAGCCGUGCCCAAGCACGACGGCAAGUCCCCCGGCGGAGCUUCACCCAGCAGCCAGGCAAUAGGCUCGGGGGUGGGCGUGGGAGGCCGUCUGCAGGCGCCGCCCGAGAGGAUCUCUAUGCUAGUGGACGGCGUGCGAUUCACUGUGGAGCAGUCACUGCUCACAGCGCAUCCCACCACGAUGCUGGGAACCAUGUUCGGCUCCGGAUUCCAGUUCGCGCAUGCCAACGAUCGCGGGGAGUACGACGUGGCCGACGGCAUAUCUCACCUGGUGUUUCGGGCCAUCCUGGAGUACUACAAGACCGGCGUGAUACGCUGCCCGCCCACUGUUUCUGUGCCGGAACUGAAGGAAGCCUGUGAUUACCUGCUGAUCCCCUUCGACGCCACCACGGUGCGCUGCCAGAACCUAAGCCUUCUUCAUGAGCUCAGCAACGAAGGAGCCCGCCAGCAGUUUGAGCUCUUCCUGGAAGACCUAAUUCUGCCGCUUAUGGUGGCCUCGGCGCAGCGCGGAGAUCGAGAAUGUCACGUGGUGGUGCUCCUCGAAGACGACAUGGUUGAAUGGGACGAGGAGUUUCCUCCCCAAAUGGGCGAGGAGUAUUGCCAGACCGUUCACAGCACUGCCAUGCACCGAUUCUUCAAAUACAUCGAGAACCGGGAUGUGGCCAAGCAGGUGAUGAAGGACCGCGGUUUAAAGAAAAUCCGCUGUGGCAUAGAAGGGUACCCCACCCACAAGGAGAAAAUCCGAAGACGUCCCGGCGGACGGGCCGAGGUGAUCUACAGCUAUGUGCAGCGUCCGUUCAUCCACAUGUCCUGGGAGAAGGAGGAGGCCAAGAGUCGCCAUGUGGAUUUCCAGUGUGUGAAAUCCAAGUCAGUAACGAAUCUCGCCGAAGCGAAUGCCGAUCCACCACUGGAAUUGGACGCAAGUGGAAACCCGAUUCCGCCCAUCGCAGUGGUCAAUCCGCAUCCCAACAACGGAGAGCUAGCCGUCGGCAUGGUUGCCGUACCCGCAGUGGUGGGCGUUGUGGGCGUGGCGGGUCCGGCAGCCGUGGUCGCCGUUGACGAGGCCGCUGGAGGCGUGUUGAUGCUCAACGAGAUGGACCAGGCCGCGGUCGCAGGUGCGGCAGGCACUGUCGAGGAGAAUAUGUGAGCAACGGACCGCACGAAAAGGCGGAACACUGCCAGAGCAGCAACGCGCACAGAAAAUCCUUUCUACGUUUUUCAUUAACAUUUUUAUAUAUACAAUAAAUCGAAACUUUGAACGCAAAA